UUUCGGAUCCAAUAGGGAACCCAACGAAUUCGGCUUCCCAUUUUUGCACAAACCAAAUGUGAUAUUGCCCAACAAGUCCCUUAUCAAUGGCUCAAUAGAGCUCAUACGUGUAUAUAUUGGGCCACCAAAACAUCAAAACCUACGAGCGCUGAGUGCGAGCGAGGACCAGAGUUUGAAAGAGAAUCAGACUAUCAUAAAAAAAAAAAUGCAAAAACUGGAAUAAAAGCAUUUUUAUUCCACUCUUGCUCACCAAUUCAGAAUCAAUGCCGCAAGCACUUCAUUUCGUCGCUAAGAGCGUCCCAGGCUAUGGACUGCCAGAUGGUAGAUGUCUCCUGUGUUCAGGAGUUUCUGGAAGAGCAGUCACUAUGAAUCCUUGCUCUUCUGGUUUUUUCAGUCCAUUCCAUUCACAGGUCAAUAUCUUAUCAUUAAAGUGUACUUCCUCGGGGGCAUCUUAUGUGUGCAAGGCAAGUUCUAGUGGUUAUCGUAGAAACCCAGAUUUCUCUAGGCAAAAUAGGCAUGGGUAUUCCCGGGGCAGGAACAGGCAAAAUGAAGAGAGGGAGAGCUAUGAAAACCUUGAAGAAUCUGAUAUCUUGUCUUCAAAAAAUGGGCCAUUUCUCUCCCUCUCAAAUAGCCCAAAAUUCCAGGCAACAUCAGCCCCUGGUCCUAGAGAAAAGGAGAUUGUUGAACUAUUCAGAAAGGUCCAGGCUCAGCUUCGAGAGAGAGCUGCCAUGAAAGAAGAAAAGAAGACUGAAGCAAUGCAAGGAGAAGCUAAAGAUAAUGAAACUGUGGAUUCCCUCCUUAAGCUAUUAAGGAAGCAUUCUGAGCAAGCAAAGAGCAGCAGUAGUGGAGGCAGCAACAAAGACUUUGUGUUGGACCAACCAGAACAGAAUGGGCAUUACAAUAGAGCGAAAAGCACAGGCUCUUUUGAUUCAAAUAGCAGCCUGAAAGAUGAUACCCAAGAACCUGCAACCUCUUUUACCAGACCUGUAUCAAAAUUUCAACGCAAGUCUCCUGUUCCCCGAUUCAAAUACCAGCCUAUUGAUUCUGAUGCGGACACUAUCAAUUUAGAGCCACAUGUAAAUUCAAUUUCAACGAGAAAGAAGCAUCAGGUUGAGACAGUUUCUAAAUCUGAGUUGGAGUUGGAGUCGGUGCCAGAGUCAGGGCUUGCUCACUAUACAGAGCCUGAACCUGAGCUCGAGCCCAACCCAGAGCCAGAGCUUGUGCAAUUGUUAGAGAACGAGUCUUUGGGUGUUGACGAUGCCCAUGAUGAUCAUGUUGAAACUGGUGAUGAACAAGAAUUGAUUGAAGAUAGGGAUUUCAGUGGAUGGAAACUUCCAGAUCUUAGAGCACUGGCAAAGUCUCGUGGCCUGAAAGGGUAUUCAAAAUUGAAGAAAAGUGAGCUUGUGGAUUUGCUAGGCGGGAUGUCAGCUUGAGUGACGUUGCAUGAGAGUAGUUGGGUUCGGAAGAGACUAUACUCGAUAAACUUGUGCUUAGAAAGGUGUUUUAGGCUUGAUUUGAUUUCAUGUUCAUUUUUGCAUAUACUUGUUUAUUCUUCCUUUUUUAAUCCAAGCAGUGCGUUUCGUCUAA